CCCCUAGAGACGCGCGCAGCGCAGCGGUCCCGGGCUAGGGGAGCAGGGAAACUGCGGCCCGGCCGGGGGGCCGCGCGGCGCGGCCGCCAUGAAGCUGACGCGGAAGAUGGUCCUGGCCCGGGCCAAGGCCUCGGAGCUGCACAGAGUGCGCAAGCUCAACUGCUGGGGUAGCUGUCUCACAGACAUUUCCAUAUGCCGGGAGAUGCCCAGCCUGGAGGUGGUCACCCUCAGCGUCAACAGCGUGUCCAGCCUGGAGCCCGUGAGCCGGUGCCAGCGCCUGAGCGAGCUGUACCUGAGGAGGAACUGCAUCCCCAGCCUGGCCGAGCUCUUCCACCUGAAGGACCUGCCGCACCUCAGGGUGCUGUGGCUGGCCGAGAACCCGUGCUGCGGCGCCAACCCGCACCGCUACCGCAUGACCGUGCUGCGCAACCUGCCCAACCUCCAGAAACUGGACAAUCAGGCUGUCCCCUGUAGAGAGUCUCCUGGAGGAGCUGUUCCAGCUGUGACGGAGGAGGAGCUGUCCCGCGCCUUGAUGGAGGGAGAGGAGAUCACCGCCCCCGGCAGAGAGGGCCCUGAGCACCUGUCCUAUGUGCUGAGCUCCAGCAGCUCCACCGCUGAGACCGGCCGGGACCCGCUGAGCUGCUGCGAGGAGGAGGCAGACAGCGUCCAGGGCCAGCUCCGCCUGAAGGCCCCUUCCCAGGACCGGUUUCCUUCCUUCUCUCAGAGGGACGUUUCGAACAGUCACAAGAAUAGGAACGUCCUGACUGCCGUGCUGCUGCUGCUGCAGGAGCUGGACGUGGAGGGGCUGGAGGCCGUGCAGCAGACCGCAGGCAGCCGGCUGCGGGCCCUGCAGGAACGGGAGCUGCCGGAGCAGGCGGAGUGACUGUCACCAGGGCCCAGAGCCGCUGGGCCUCCACACAGACCCCAGUGUCUUCCCCCAGCACCUGGGAGCUGGAGGGCCACGGCCUCAGCCCCACACAGGAAAGCCGGCCUCGGUUUGCCAGGGCUGAGGGGAGGAGGGCGUCGGUGUCCAGUGCUGGCUGGGCUGAGAAGGAGCCUGGGCCCGGGCUGGCGGAGACACCUGCCCACACCCCACACCAGGGCAUCCUGGGACCCUCCUGUGGUGGGGAGCGUCAGGGCUGUCCUCCAUGGGAGGCUUUUCGGGGCAUCCUCCCUAAUAAAGUAUUCCUAAGUCUGAACUGGAAGCAGACGUUCUCCAA